AUGUAUAUGUGUACACGCUUAUACUGCCAUACAUAAACAUCAAAAAAAAAAAAAAGAGAGAGAAUGGGAGAGGAAGUGAAAUCUCAAGCAAAACCACAUGUAUUGGUCUUGCCAUUUCCAAUACAAGGCCACAUCAAUCCUCUUCUCCAAUUCUCCAAACGCUUGAUCUCCAAAAACGUCGCCGUCACCCUCCUCACCACCUCCUCCACCCACACCACCAUCCUCCGCCGCGCCUCCUCCUCCCUCUCCGGCCGCGCCUCUCUCCCGCUCGCCUUCGUUCCCCUCGACGACGGCUUCGAAGAGGGCGCGCCUACAGGCGCAACGGCCGAGUACUUGGCCAUGUUCAAGAACAAAGUCUCCCUCAGCCUCUCGGAUCUCAUCUCCUCCAUGGAUCCGAAGCCAGCCGCCGUCGUCUACGACUCGUGCCUCCCGUGGGCACUCGACGUCGCCCGGAGAUUCGGGGUCGCCGGGGCUUCGUUCUUCACGCAAUCCUCCGUCGUGAACGCGCUGUACCACCAUUUCAUAGAGGGGAGGUUUCGGGAGUUUCAGGACGAGGUCGUUUUACCGGCGAUGCCCGUCCUGAAGGGAGGUGAUCUUCCGGUGUUUCUUUACGACCGGAGCAUUUGCCCUCCGCUGCAUGAUUUGAUCUGUAGUCAGUUCUGUAAUGUCGACGAAGCUCAGUUCUUCUUGGUCAAUUCUUUCGAGGAACUCGAGGUCGAGAUAUUGGAAUGGAUGGAGAACGUUUGGCCAGUGAAGAACAUUGGACCGACGGUCCCAUCAAUGUACCUAGACAAGCGGUUAGGCGACGAAAAAGACUACGGCCUCAGCCUCUUCAACCCCAAAGUCGACGAAUGCCUCACGUGGUUGGACACAAAGCCACCCGACUCGGUCGUCUACGUCUCCUUCGGAAGCUUAGCCGUUCUCAAGGACGACCAGAUGAACGAACUCGCGUCCGGUCUGAAACAGACCGGCCACUUCUUCUUGUGGGUGGUCAGAGAGACCGAGUCAAGCAAGCUCUCGAGCAGCUACCUGGAGGAAAUCUCCGAGAAAGGGCUGAUAGUGACUUGGAGCCCUCAGCUUCAAGUCCUUGCCCACAAAUCCGUAGGUUGUUUCGUGACACACUGCGGGUGGAACUCGACUCUCGAGGCUCUUAGCCUUGGAGUGCCCAUGGUCGGGAUGCCGCAGUACAGCGAUCAGCCCACGAACGCUAAGUUCAUAGAGGACGUGUGGAAGGUCGGGGUUCGGGCGAAGGCCGACAAAGAGGGGUUCGUGACGAAGGACGAGGUCGUUCGAUGCGUAGGUGAACUUAUGGAAGGGGAGAAGAGCAGAGAUGUUAGAAGGAAUGCUGAGAAAUGGAGAGAGUCGGCGAAAGAAGCUGUUUCCGAAGGAGGCAGUUCUGAUAGGAACAUUGAUGAGUUCGUCGCUAAACUUUGGCAAAUGAAAUAAUAAAAAAGGUUUGGAUGAAUUAAUUUUUGCAUGAGCUGUGUUGACAAAGACGUUGGUCCACUGGCUAUCCAUGCAGAGAGGGAGCUCUUAGGCCACAUAUAUUCAUAUGGUGCAAAUUCUAUAUGGCCAUGCAUGCCCUACCAUGUUUUGUAUCAUAAAUGUCUACUUCUAGUAGUGAUUACGGUAGAAAAAUAAAACGGGUAAAUAAAUAAAUAAAAAAA